AUACUUCAAUUGAGAAUUGUGACAUGCGGUAUAGUUGUUUUUGAUUUAUUGUUUAAAUUCAAAAUUUUCGUUACGCGCGGUUUUAAUUUCGUGAAAAUGUACAUGGUGUGUAAAUUAAAAAUCGGAAUUAACGUUUUACUAAAGAAUGAAGUGUAGUGAAGAUUCGUUGCGUUAUCGUCAACGGGGAUACAUGUUUGUAUUAAUACAAACACGAGCUGUUAUUUAUAAAAUAUGGCAAAUAUCAAACAAAAAAGAAAGUUCGGUGUUUCAAAAACCGAAAAUUGCUUAGGAAAUACCAAUAAAUAUGUAAGUGUUACGAAACAUUUCGAAUCCAAUGGAACUGUUAAUAAAUUGAUAGAUACAGAACUACCAGAAAUAACGUUCGAUAUUAAUAAGGACAUGAGUCCUAAAAAAAGGAUCAUUAAAUUCUCCAGUGCGUCUAAACCGAGUGAAAUUAGAAGACAGUUAACAAGUACUUGUUUACCAGCAACUAGGGCUACUUUAAAAAAACGAUAUCCUUCUCUACCAUCGAAAGUUAAACAAAUACAAAUUCCUAAAAAGGGUGAUAAAAUGAAUUUUACAAGUCAAUCUUUUAGAGAACUUGACAUGAACACCCUUACUUCUAAUUAUAAUUAUAUGAAGUUCCCAAGUGAAACGGACGCGUUAAAUACUUCGUUUACAGUAAAUGUGAAUAGACAAGAGAAAAAUAAAGAACAAAAUGGAACAAAAACUGUUGCUGGAGUCGUACCAAAACGUUCCGGGACAUCGCUGUGCGUAAAUCGAAGUAAAUCUCUUCUUGAAGUUUAUGGUAAAAAUGACGAACAUGAUACAACGAAAAAAUUAAAGAAAGAAAUAAAAGAUGAGUGUAUGAGAAAUAAGAGACGACUUCUAGCUGAACUUAAAACGGAAAUAGCAGAAUUUCGCAACACCAAAGGAGAUCGCGAUUUGAACCUUGGUAUGAAACCCCCGGUAUCUAAAUCAAUUUCCGAAAAAAUAAACGAGUUCGAUUCGGUGGCGUUUAUUUUACAAAAUAGGGUGAUUAUACCGAAUUCGGACGAUUUCGGCUCGUAUCCGUUAUUACCGAAAAAUGAAAAUUUUGAAAAAACUACUCAACAACCAAUCGAAACAUCGGUAGCAGAAGGGGACGUUAGCGACGAUGACGACGACGAGGCAUCUUUAUCAAGUUUGUCCGUAUUCGAUCAACAGAUAACCGUUAAAAUGAAGCGGAUUAUAGCUAAUGUCAACAACUUCAACAGCUGUAUCCGUAUCAAACAUGUUUAAGAAAAUUACGCAACUACUGUACUACAUCUGAUCUAACGGCUUCUGCAGCGAUGCGGCUGAUUUGGACCAAUUACGAUGCCGCGCCGGGUUUCUCCCGGGAUGUUCAAGUGCUGAUCAUUGUUUUGAUUUACUAUUUUUCUUCAAUAAAUAGAUUGUCGGGAACAAUUAUAAAUGAAAAUGUUGUAAAGAGCGAUUUUUAAACUUUUUACUUCUUAAUUGAAUUGAGAAUCAACUUACCGUCUAAUAGGCAGGGAAAUGUCUUUUGAGGAUAUG